CUACUGGAGACCUUGCUGAUUGAGGACCAGAUGGGCUCAACAGCAUCAUUUACAUCCAUGAGUGACGGUGGCACAAAGGCCAUCAUUGAGUUUGCAGCACCAUCUACAGCUGUUUUCGAAAAAGAUGGUCAUGCACGUAUCACUGUGAUGCGACAUGGCAAUCUUAAAAACCGCGUACUUUAUAGGGUGGAGACAAUAGACGGGACGGCUGUGGAGGGAGAGGAUUACAUUUCCUUUAAGGACACGCUGGUGUUUGAGCCCAACGAGACAGAGAAACACAUCGACAUUCAGAUUAUCGACGACAACAUCUGGGAACCAGAUGAGGUGUUCUUCGGCAGAAUUACCAUCGAUUCCGAAAAACAGAACGCAGUAGUUGGCAGAAGGGCGAUAACUGAGAUUGUUAUACUCAACGACGACGACCCAGGCGUAUUGGAGUUUGAACACCCAAGUUUCCUGUUCAAGGAGAGUGUAGGAACAGCACUGGUCCCGGUGAACAGGAUAGACGGAGCUGAUGGUAAGGUCACAAUCACAUGGAAAACCAAGGACAUGACAGCCAUUCACGGCAGGGACUACGAAAACACUGAAGGGACACUCACCUUUGACCAUGGAGAGAGGACAAAGUUCAUUGAAAUUCAAAUUAACGAUGAUAAG